GGGAAUUUUUGACGUUAAUGACGUCACAUUGUAAACAAACGUAAAAAUGCUUGACUUUCUGUUUCGCUUUAGUGUUCUCAACAUGGCUUUUUCUGUGAUAGCAAAGGAAAUUGGACAGAAACUGGGAUCAAUUGGUGGACCAUGGUUCCGUUGCAUAUAUUUAUGGACUUUGUAUUUAUUCUUUUCGGAAUGGUGGAAUCAGGUCCUUCAGUUUCAGGUCAGCACAGUGGCGGCUGGGUGUUUUCUUGUUGCCUAUAUAUACCCUGUUGUGACAAACCUCUUGAAGAAUGUCAAGUACCUUAAUCUGUUGAACAUCGGAUUCGUUCGGUACUUUUCGGAAAACCUCAUGAAACUGUCGUUUCCUCUCGUGCUAUGGCGUUACGUGUGGGGCCCGUUGGUUAAAGGAUUAAAGUGCUCCGCGGGCUACUAUUUCCACACAGACUCAACUCCGGAAUGUUUCUGGUUUACUAGAGGAGUGGCGGUUGUGUUGUUGUGUAUUAUUGUCAGUCUUUGCUGCAAGGGUUCAAACCCCACAGUUCAAGCCAGCCACGUUACGGCUAAACGGCACCGAGUCCCACCGCCUGUACCAAAAAGACCGCAGUCAACACGGACGCAGGCCUUGGAAGCCAGACAAAAGAUGCGACCACGUUCUGCCAAUGGAAAAUAGAGAACUUUUGCUUAUAUUUUUUUUUCUUUGAGCAAUUGCCAUGUUUUUCUAAGUAUGCGGCAUUCCAGGUUUGGAAUUCAGAAUGUGUUUGUUUUUAACAUAACUACACAUUUUUACCAACACACUCGGUGUGAGAAGAGAUAUUUUAGUAGAUUACAGCUCUAUAUAUAGUAAUACAUAACCAACUUAAAUAAAAUAACUUGUAAUAAAAGUCUUUAGUCAG